GUGUGUGUGUGACAGCUGUUUCACAGAGCAGGAAGAAGGGACAUGAAUCGUUGUCACUUAUCAGUCUGGAGAAUUGCAGAUGUUGCUCCUGGUUUUUAUAAGACUGAGGCCUUGCUAUGUUGUACCCUGUCUCUUUAAUGAACACAACAACAACAACAGGACACACAGUGAAUUUUCAGAGCUCUCUGUUCCGGUCCCGUGGGGGGAGAUCAGAGGUAAAGUCUGGGGCCCUGACCAUGGUCGUCCUGUGCUGUGCGUUCACGGCUGGGCAGACAACUGUGGCACAUUCAACACCCUCAUUCCCCUGCUGCCCAAAGAGUGCAGGUACGUGGCGGUGGACCUGGCAGGUCACGGUCGAUCAUCACAUCGACCUCCUGGAGUUUUCUACUCUUUCCCUUUGUAUGUGAUGGAUGUACGCAGAGUCGUUGACGCUCUGCAGUGGAGCAAAUUCUCCAUCAUAGGCCACAGUAUGGGUGGUAACGUUGCUGGACUUUUCAGUGCUCUGUAUCCAGAGAUGGUGGAUGCUGUCGUACUUCUGGACUCCUACGGAUUUUUACCUACAGAUCCGAAAGAAAUAUCCAAGGUGAUGAGGCGGGGGAUGGAUGAGCUGCUUCAGCUUGAAAAAAACACAGAAGAGAGGAAGACAAGAGUUUACACUUAUGAGAAGGCAGUUGAAAGGCUGUCGGCUGGAAACCCGACUCUGUCUGAACAGUCUGUGCGCAUCUUGUUAGAGCGAGGUCUAGUUCAAGUUGAAGGAGGAGUUGUGUUCUCUCGAGACUUUCGUAUUAAUCUGAAAAACAUAGUGCGCAUCAGUUUGGAGCAGAGUCUGGAGAUGCAGUCGAGGAUUCAAGCCUCCGUCCUAGUUGUUCUAGCAGAAGGCGGCUUUGAGAAAAUAUUUGCUGAACAAGAUCAAAAGAAAUUUACAUCAGCACUUCUCCAGGCCUAUAGGGACAGAAAUCACACAGUGGUGACAGUACCAGGCGAUCAUCACAUCCAUCUGAACCGUCCUGAAGUCGUCGGCCCACUCGUGUCGGACUUCCUGCAGACCAAACUUGGUGCUUUAACCAGUCGCCCAACUGUCUUAGCAUCAGAUAGCUGCCACAUGCUACCUUUGUUGGACUCCUUCAUUAUUUAAAAACACCAAGGUGCUUUUUUUCUUUUUUUCUUUUUUUUUUCUUUUAUUUUAAACUCUGGGUGGGCUAUACAAUAGUGAAGGAGGGGUGUUGAGUGAGAUGAAGAAACACAGAAAGACGAAAUGCAGCCUGAAUGUGUUUUGGGGAAGUUUGUAUUUUUUGCUUACUGAUCAAGUCAGUAGUUUCAUUCAUAACCAGGUUCAGUCAGUUCUUCGUAUCAAGUCUGCGUUAGUCAGAUGUUCUCCUUCGUACUGACAGAGGUCAACACCAGGCUUUCAUGCAACGUUGUGUGUAUUUAAACGGUGAAAUGACAUUCCUGUGACACACCAUUGCUCAGGAACCGCUCAUUAUCAUUUACAGUUUGAACGUAAGAGAAAAGUAACACGUGAAAAUGUGUGGCCGGUGAUGGCAUGUUAAGAGACGCGAGCUUAAAGGUAAACAGACUAAAAACCUAAAGUCAUGCUAGCAGUCUCAUGAGGCUUCAAUGUUCCUUACGAAUCAGAAAACACAAUUGUUGAAAAAAAAAAAAGGAAACGUAGACAACCCUUUAAUCCCUGGGUCUGUACCACUAGUGGGGCAAACACCGUAAAAAGUUGCCUGAGGGUGGCACCAGAGGAGAGGCUAUGUCGCUGCCUAAACCUGAGGGGUUUACCCUCGAUCCAAAGUCCAGGUGAAGACUAGUCAGCUCUACGUUGUCAGUCAUGGCUGUACAGUAUGUUCUUAUCCGUGCUUUUAGCUUGAUCCUAACAACAGUAUAUAAUGUUUUGACACAGUAACCUAAACUAAAGGUCCAGUUACGGUGUUUUUGUUCAGAGCUUUCAGUGGCAGCUCUCUGUUGAUCAGGGGAUGGAGUCUGGCUGGUUAUCAUACAAAGUAAGACAACUAAAGAGUGAACAUUCAUGUUUUAAGAGGUGGUCAUAUAUGAGGGGGAGAUCUUUGAUCAGUAACUCCUGGUCGAGACACUGGAUAAACGGACAACAUCAGCUGUCUGUGAACAGUCACAGCUUUAACUGGGGCAAAAGUCACCCACCGGGAGUCGAUGGACAGCCAAAUGUAGAAGGCCAUUUGCAUCCAGUGCCAGAGAUUUAAGAUUUUCUUUUUUUUUUGUCAAGUUACUGUUCCCAGGGUCAAGAGCAUUUAGCUUUAAUCUCAGAGUAGAGUUUAGGAUGAAGGGAAAUUGUUCAGUUGUGUUAGAUGUCGUAGCUCUGGCAAUAAUGUUUCAUAAACAUUAAAACAUAAAUAAAGUGGGGGACAGGCGGAAACUCUCACCUGUCAGUGGUCCUGGAUAAGCAGUGACUAAAGCUACUUGGAUUCAUCCUCUGAAGACUAGGAUCGACUGUAAGAAAAGGCAAGUUUAUUUACACACAGUUCACACACUGAGGCGGUAUUGGAGUCACCUGCAUGCAGUUUUAUUUGAAUGCGAUUCAAAAACAAAAUAAUCAGACAGAAAAUAUGUUUGAAGAAAUGUCAAAGUGCUUCACAUGGAAGAAAUGACUAGAAUGAAGAAAGGCGGCCCAACCCUUUGUUUGUCUUCCAGCUGAACAACAGACUGCUGGCACAUUAGCAGGCAGCAGUCUCAUCCCCUUGUACCUGCUGUCUCGGAGAAAAUGUUUGAAAUGCACUGUCCAGGUCAGAUGUCCUAGAAGUCUGCUGCCUGAUGUGAAUAUUUCAGCAGAUGUAUGGUUUUUUUUUUUUUUUUCACUCAAUUGUUUGUCCUCGUGUUUAAUCUCAAAGGUUAGUGAGCAGCGGGAAGGAAGGGUGUGUGCACUUGAGUGCCCCAGCGAAAGCAGAGGACGAAUCUGGAUACAACAAGUUCUGGGAACACAAUGUCUCGUUUUACCUCGUGCUUUCAG